UCGUGAACUCUGGUGGCAAUAACGGAACAGAAAUAAAUGAAAUCUGAACGGUAGAUCGGAAAGGGACCCGCCAGGCUACACCUAAAUUCCCAAUUCUUCACAUAACGUCCCAAACUGAAAAACAUUCCUUCACAGCGACGCCAAAGUGAAACCGCACUGACUCACUGUGAGUCAUUAGUCAAUGUACAUCAACCAUUUGGACUCCCAAUUGUUGCAUCCCUCACACUUACAAACUAUAAUAAGUAUUAUUUUCCUUCAUUUGAGAUUUGAGAAUAAUAAUAAUAAUAAUAAUAAUAAUAAUAAUAAUAAUAAUAAUGCAGAGCCGGGGAUCCAAUGCCCGGUUCGCAGGAGUUGGGGUGCGAUCCCCAAUUUCAUCACUAAUGCUUGCCAUGUUUGCUACAAUGGCUUCCUUAUAUGUCGCCGGCCGGUUAUGGCAGGAUGCACAGAACAGGGUUUACUUAACGAAAGAGCUCGAUAGAAUUACCGGUCAGGGACACUCUGCAAUAUCUGUUACAGACACAUUAAAAAUCAUAGAGUGCAGGGAGCAAAGGAAGAAACUAUCUGCCCUAGAGAUGGAACUGGCAGCUGCUAGACAGGAAGGAUUUGUCUCCAAACAGUCAUCAGAUAUGAAAAAAACUCCUGAAAAGGGUCCAGUAAUAGUAAUAGGAAUUUUCACAAGUUUUGGGCGCAAAAAUGAUAGAGAUGCUAUAAGGAAGGCAUGGAUGUCAACUGGUGCGGCUUUGAAAAGAAUGGAAGAAGAGAAAGGCAUUGUUCCACGUUUCGUCAUUGGCAGAAGGUAUUUUCUUAUAGUUAUUGCUUCUUUCAUUGUGAGUAUUUAUUCAUUGGUUUCCUACACUUGCACCUCAAUUUGCAGUGCUAAUCGUGGAGACAGCUUGGACAGGAGCAUUGACAGUGAAAACAGUCAAACUAAUGAUUUUUUUAUUCUUGAAAAUCAUGUUGAGGCUCCUGAAGAACUCCCAAAGAAAACAAAGCUAUUUUUUGCACAUGCAGCAGACAGCUGGACUGCUGACUACUAUGCGAAAGUCAAUGACAAUGUCUUUGUAAACCUUGAUUCUUUGAGAAAUGCACUUGCGUCGUAUGUGAGUGUCCCUCGUGCAUAUAUUGGGUGCAUGAAAUCAGGCGAAGUUUUCUCUGAACAGGGCCACAAAUGGUAUGAACCAGAUUGGUGGAAAUUUGGAGAUGGAAAAACGUACUUUCGUCAUGCUUCUACAGAGCUGUUUGUAAUAUCCCAAGCAUUGGCUAGAUACAUUUCAAUAAAUAGAGCCCUACUCCGUACUUAUGCACAUGAUGAUGUCAGUGUUGGCUCCUGGUUUAUUGGUGCCGAUGUCAAAUAUAUAGAUGACAGGAAGUUUUGCUGCUCGUCUUGGUCAACAGGAGCCAUUUGUUCGGGAGUGUGAUUUAACUUGACUGAAAAGUUCAAGAGAUACUCAGUGGCAUGCUUGUUGAUUCCCUUGCUUCACAAUUGCUAGCAUUGUUUCAUGACAGUGGGUUUUUGUCAAGGCAUCUCUGUCAGCGGUUCUUCUGAAGUUCAUUCCUUAAUCAUAAAACAUAUGUAGAUAGUGGAGCUGCUAGAAUUGGGAAGAUUCUUCUGACGUAAGUAACACAUAAUGCAUCUGUUGUGUGUGCGUCCAUUCUUUAGGAAGUUGGGGUAUUUAGCCCCAACCACUGAGCUUGUCAGGGCCAGAAGUUAAUUUUACCAUAUUAAGAUAUGUUCAUUGCUUAUUCUUUGAGAAGCAAAGGGGAUACUGGAUACUUGAAUACAUAUGUGAAUUUUAGGAUAAUGUACUUUCUACAGCGAGGAAUUCAUAGAAAGAAAAUGACCAUUAUAGUUUAUGUA